CCAGCGUAGGUCGUAACCCUAAAACCAGAACCAGUGUCGCAGUAACACAAAAAUAUCUCUCUGGAUCGAGCUCGUGACUCAUUUUCAUUUCCCUCUCAUCAUCCUCACAUCACCACACUCGCGCUUCCCUUUUACACCUCAUGGCGGAGGAAGAAGUUGUGGCACCCGCUGCUAGCCCCGUUCCCUCUGAUCACAAGCGCAAACUCGAAGAUCUGCAAUCUCAACCUCAACCUGCCGAACAACACCCUCUCGAAUCCAAUGCCAACUCCAACUCCGACGCUGACAACGCCGAUAUGGCGGUUCCCGACGAGACUGAGAACAAGCGUCCCCGUCUCGACGACCACCGGGAUGGCCUUGCUAAUGCAAAUGGGCAUCAAGAUGAGCAGGUUGAUGAACCUGGAAAAGAAACAGGGGAAGGAUCCGUUUUGGAGAAUGUCACUCCAGAUGAUGGUCAAGCUGUAUCCAAUGAUCCUUUAGAGGCAACUACUAAUGAACAAAUUUCUGGUGAGAUUGCUGAGGCAGCCGAUGCCAAAGAACUUCGAGUUGAGGACUCUGGGCAGGAAAAUGCUGAGGAGCCAUCUAAAGAAACUGAACAACCAUCUCAGGAUUCAACUGAGCAAGAUGCUUCUUCUGGAGAUAAGCAACCCAAUUCUGCUGACACUCCUUUGCAUAAUGCGGAAGUUCCCUAUGAUAAGCAAGAUGCUGCAGCUGAACAAAAGCAGCUAACAUCCGGGUCUGAGAUAACAACAAGGAAAAUAGAUGUUCCUAACAAUAAGGUUGGUGUACUUAUUGGCAAGGCUGGAGAUACUAUACGGUACUUGCAGUAUAAUUCCGGUGCAAAGAUUCAGAUCACAAGGGAUGCUGAUGCUGAUCCUCACUCUACAACAAGAUCUGUGGAAUUGAUUGGAAGUUUGGAAAGUAUUGAGAAGGCAGAAAAGCUAAUGACUGCUGUGAUUGCAGAGGCUGAUGCUGGGGGUUCUCCUUCACUUGUAGCUAGAGGCCUCUCCCCUGCUCAAGCUACUGUGGGAUCUGAACAAAUUCAGAUACAAGUUCCAAAUGAAAAGGUAGGAUUGAUCAUAGGGAGAGGUGGGGAAACAAUUAAAGGCCUGCAGACCAAAUCUGGGGCACGCAUCCAGUUGAUACCCCAACAUCUUCCAGAAGGGGAUGAUUCUAAAGAAAGAACUGUCCAAGUUACUGGUGAUAAAAGGCAAAUUGAAAUUGCACAAGAAUUGAUAAAGGAAGUCAUGAGUCAGCCUGUCAAGCCAUCAAUUGGCGGUUUUGGCCAGCAGGGCUACCGCCCACCCCGUGGAUCUGGUGGCCCACCCCAAUGGGGUCAACGGGGUUCUCAUUUUGGCCACCCAACUGCAUAUGAUUAUCAGCAUCGUGGGCCUUAUCCCUCUCAUAAUCAACCAUAUGCUCCUCCGCCAUAUGGAAGCUAUGCUCAACAUAUGGCUCCAAGAAGCAGCUUUGGUUCUGGUUGGGAGCAAAGGCCUCACCACAGCUUUCAGGGGCCACCCCCUCACAAUGGUGGUUAUGAUUAUUAUGGAGGGCAAGGGGGUCAUUUACCUGAUGCUCCACCAUCCGCUCAGCUUCCCAGUUCAGCUCCCCCACAUGGUGCUGGUCCUUCACCUUUACCUUCUAUGGGCCCAAACCCAGCUCAGGUCAAUUACAACUAUGGACAGCCACAGGGCCAGGAUUAUGGCCAUCAGGCACCUUAUACUCAGGCAGGAGUUCCUCAACAAGGUUAUGGACAUGGAUAUGAUGAGUCAAAGUUUGAAAAUCGGGCUCCUACUCAACAUCCCUAUGGAGGACAUGUGAAUUCUCAAACAACCUACCCUCAUGCCGGUGCUCAACCCAAUUUUGCUGCACCACAGCAGUAUGGCAAGCCACCAUUAUAUGGCAUGCCAUCUCAGGGACAGCCUCCGCAAUCUUACGGCCAUCCUAGAGCUGCUCAUUCUCAGCCAGGGGACAUGCCAUAUCAAGGUUCUACUCCUGCCCAGUCUUAUGGCACAAAUAUGCCAACACAACAGCCAUACCCAUAUGCAUCAUCUGGGCCAUCACAAGCAGCAUAUCCUACUUAUGGGUCUGCACCAACUGCAGAUGGCUACAAUCAUCCACCACCUGCAUCUGGCCCACUUUAUGCCCAGCCUGGUGGACAAGCCAGUUACGGCCAGCCAGGUGCCCAACCUGCAGCUAGUUAUGCGCAAGUUGGCCCUACUGGUUAUGGAUCAUAUCCUUCACAGCAAACUUACCCUGAGCAGCCAGCUCCUAGUAGUGCGGUUUAUGGCUACCAGGCGCCCCAAGAUCCAGGUUAUAGCAGUGGCACUGCACCGGCAUAUAGUGCAGCACCAAGUGGGCAGCCAGCUUAUGUUCAACCCACGCCUACUCAAACUGGUUAUGAUCAGUCUAACCCACAAUCAGCUGGUUAUACAUCUGUACCAGCAAGUGCUCCAGCUGCAUAUGGCAAGACACUGUCACCUCAGCCUGGGUAUCCGCAAUAUGACUCCACCCAAGUUUAUGGUGCUCCUCGAUGAUGUUUUUGAUAUUGACCACCAAAUUCUCUAGUAUUAGCAUGUCCUAAUUUGAUGAUUUCGUUCGGUGUAACUUGCUUUUAAUUUUCCUGUAAUUUGUAUUGCUUUACCUUAUGAAACGUGAAAAAUAUAAUUUUUCUUAGUGCUCCGAUUUGAUUUCUAAAAUAUUAUUAGAGAAUUAGAAUCUUAACAGAAAAUUAUUCGACAAUUCGAGU